AUGACACCAAUGGAAACGUUCGAAGCAGGUUUGUGUACUGUAAUUCCUACUGUAUUUGAAAAGUGCGAAAAUGAUUGGAUAUCAAAAAAUGGGACUUGCUACCAGGAUUCGUGUUGUAUGAGUUUCGAAACCGCUACAUCUUGGUAUUACCGAAUGGCACAAUUUUCCCAUGUGGUUUUCAGCGGAAUUGGCAUAGUUAUCAUUAUCACGUAUCUUAUCAGUUAUCGACCAAGACAUAUCUUACCUGAAAAUGUCAGAGUACUGGUUGAUAUCAUGCUCUUACUGAUUUUUGCUCACUCUAUAGAUAUGAUUUUGUUACAUCUUUACCAUAUUAUACGAUCCUUGCAAGUGUCUCCAUCAGAUCCUUGCUUGAUAAGAGAGAAAGUUUCGUUUUGUGCUCCAUUUCGGUACACUUAUGCUUUCUGCUCAAUGGCACUGGCUAUAUGCACAUACUGCAUUUAUAUCGAUAGUAGUCGUUUCGACAUCGUUCGACAUUUCUCCGCUGCCAUCGACGUUGAGUCAUCUGAAUUCCUUUACCGUACCACUGGCACCCAAGCAGCCAUUAUGGCACUAUUUUCAGUUGCUUCCCUCGGAAUGAGACUGGUCUAUAAUAGUCUUCCGAGACCAGUGGGCUUAACUAUAGCCACACUUUCUUAUAUCUUCAGUAUAUACAGUUUUGUGGUGCCUUGGGUUAUUGUUCAAUAUGUACAGAGAACGUCGGAAAAUCGGAAAAGCCGGAUUUCGAGUCACGUCGGGAUGAAAUCCGUUGGAGCCGAAGGAGCAGAGAACUAUUUUGGAAUGAUGAAGUCGCAAUGGGAAUAA